CGGCGAGCGGGGGACGCGGAAUACUAAAUGUGAAUACGUUAGAUGAUGAAGGAGAGGGCAGAUGUCAAGCAGAGGGUUCGCUGGAACACCACGGUUUGUGAAAGGAACCCUUCAUGGAUUUGGGGGAGCGAAAGUGGAGGUGAACACGAAGAAAGAAACACGAAUACAACUAGAUGACAUAGAAGUCGUAGCAGAUCUAUGGGAAGUACCCGAUGAGGCACAAUCAGAAGACAUGAUUAUUGAGCGAGAUAUUAUGGCGCAGCCAGAGAUAAACGUCACGUACAAAGAAGGAAAGGUAUCAUUUAGUAAGGAUAAAGAGUCAACGGAAACGAAGGAAAAAACACACACACUAAAUAAGGAACGCGGAGAAGAAAGGGGCACAGAGAUUACAGAAGCAGAAGUGCGUAUAGAGGGAAGCGAAACAAUGAAACGCGCAGUGAAAACUCUGUUGAAUAAGUAUCGAGACUGUUUUGCCAAAGAAAUGAAUGAAGUAGGGGCGGCAAAAGGAGUACAUAAUGGAAAUAGAGCUAAGCGGAGAUGGCCCAAUAUAUCUGAAACCCAGAAAACUACCUUAGGCACAAGAAAACGUGGUCCACGAAAUCGUACCAGAACUGCUGGAGAACGAUAUAAUAGAACCCUCGGUAUCGGCAUAUAACAGUCCAAUCGUGCUAGUUAAGAAAAAUAUGGUAAGUGGCGUAUGGCAAUUGACUAUAGGGCGCUAAACCAGAAGACGGUAAAAGAUCGAUACCCACCACCGGAAAUAGAGAGAUGCUUAAAUACGUUAGUAGGCGCAAAAGUAUUCAUUAGCUUAGACCUGUAUUCGGGUUAUUAUCAGGUUCCUGUAGCAGAAUCUAGCAGGGAAAAGACGGCGUUCUCUACGCCUGAUGGACAUUUCCACUUCAAAAGAAUGCCGUUUGGACUAGUAAAUAGCGGAGCAGUGUUCCAACGGGCUAUAGAUAAGAUGGUCAAGGGCUUGAAGCAAAACAAUAUAGUAGCAUAUGUGGACGACAUAUUGAUAGGAGCUAAGACCGAGCAAGAGGCAAUCGAGGUACUGGAAAAAUUAUUACAGGCAGAUAAAGAACAUGGAUUUACAAUUAACCUGAAAAAGAGUAAAUUUUUACUGUCAAGAGUGGAGUUUCUAGGAGUAGAGUUAUCAAAAGACGGGGUUAAACCAGGAGAAGCUAAAUGCCUAGCGGUUAAGGAAUUUCCAACACCAUGUGAUAGCAAGGAGGUCCAACGAUUCCUUGGCCUGGCGGAUUACUUCAGGAGAUUUGU